AUGCAUUCGCCGUCGCGUUCGGAAAACGGUGAAAAAGAGGACUCAGCAUCAUUUCACGGAUUUGAAGAAGCUGGUGCUGUUGCUGUUGCUAUGGAUCCUGUCACCGAAAAGGAAUAUCGUGUGGUCUGCCGUCAGCGCUCUCAAGUAAAGCAGAAAUUAGUGCGUAUUCAACGAACGCUCAUCACCAGUGCAGCAAUUGGUUUAGCACAAUUAAAUGUGCUAUCCAAAACGCUUUCUGCUGUAUACACGGAGUACAGUGGAUUCCAUAGCAAGGUGCUAUCGUUAGUAUCGGAUGAAGACCUGGUCCAUGAAGAAAAUGAAUAUGCUGCCUUCGAUGAUAGUUACAACGAUGUAAGCAACGCAGUGGAAGAGCUGCUGCUGGAAGCAAAGAACCGUGCAGUACCAACAUCUGCACCUAACCCGUCAUCUCAACAAGUGAUUAUCCAGCAACAGGCCCUCAAGAUGCCAAUUCCAACGUUCAGUGGAAGCUAUACCGAAUGGCCGAAGUUUAAGGCCAUUUUUACCGAUCUGAUGGCCAAUUCGGGUGAUACAGAUGCCAUAAAACUGUAUCAUCUCGACAAAGCGCUUGUUGGAAAUGCCGCAGGUGUACUAGAUGCCAAAAUCCUGAGUGAAGGGAACUACCAACAGGCCUGGAACGUCUUAAUGGACCGCUACGACAACAAACGAGCCAUAGUGGAGAGCCAUUUUCGAGGACUGCUGACAUUAAAAAAGAUGUCUUCCACCGCCAAUAAAGAACUUCGUGCCCUCGUUGAUGAAGCAGUCAACCACAUCGAAAGCCUGCGCUACCUCCAGCAGGAGAUCAAUGGAACGGCCGAGCAUUUCUUCGUUUUCUUGAUCGUGUCAGCUCUCGACAAGAGUGCGCGCCAGGCUUGGGAAGCAACACAGAAGAAAGGUGAGUUACCGAAUUACCAGCAGACCAUCGACUUUCUGAAAGCCAGAUGCCAGGUUCUGGAGAACUGUGAAGCAGCAGUCCAGCCAGCCCCGUCGAAUCCAAAGCCCCAUCCACCACAAAGAAGUGUACCACAAAGAAGCCAUGCUGCAUCGACCGGCCCAUCCCAACCACCAGUCUACUGUGAAAUUUGUGGCGGUCCCCAUCGAAACGUCCAGUGUUCGACCCUAUCCAGCCUAACCCCAGCCCAGAAGAACGAGAAGAUCCGAGCAGCUGGAAUCUGUUUCAACUGCCUGCGCAAAGGCCAUCGCUCCAAAGAUUGCCCUUCCGAUAAGACAUGCCACAAGUGUCAACGCCGACAUCACACGUUGCUCCAUGAAAAUGAAGAACCCAGCCGAGGUACGAAGCCCAACGUAUCACUUCCCACCGACGAUGACGAUGGCGAUCCCGCCACCGAUACCAGCUGCAACAUCAUCGCAGAUGCCAGCACCAGUGAACCAACCGAUUUCAACAAUGUGUUCCGCAAACUUCGCCCAAUCCCCCAAGACUGUACUGCUGUUGACUGCGGUGGUCCAGGUCUACGACAGGAGAAAUCAAGCACAUCCAUGCCGUGUGCUGUUGGAUAG